AUGGAAUAUUCCGACGUCAAGUUCAAGAAAAAGCGCGAGAGCCGAAAGCGCGCACUAACAGCAUGCGAGACAUGCCGUCUGCGCAAGACUCGGUCCGAGUCGACCGAUAUCCGCCAGCAGCUAGAUCAUAUCACGAACCUGCUGGAAGAUCUCAAAUACGAGAAAGGGCCCGAUGUACCUCUUAUUUCCUCAUUUCGAGGCACCCUGUCUGGAUCCACGGGAGAUACCCUUAACCUAACAACACGUAUCACCGAUUCCUUCUCAGGGGAUCCCGUGCGCAACACCACCAGUGUAGAUCAUGUACAAGAUUCUCAUCAUGAUCCCCGUAUCCUCUUUACAGCAUGCUCUCCCGAGAUCUUGAUCCGGUGGCGUGUCUUCAGAAAUGUUAUUUCAGAGGGAGAUAGGCACAUACAGUCUUUUAUCCUCGACUCCAUUGGCCAACAACCUCGGUGGCCGACCAACCUCCCGCCGAAGCGAACGAAUCCCAGUCUGUCUGUGGCCAAUUUACAGCAUAUGUGUGAAAAAUAUGUGAUGGUCCCACAUCGCUUUCACCCUGUAAUAGAUAUGGAUGAGCUGCGCUUAUAUGCACACGAGGUGACAGUGCAGGGGUUAGGGUGGGACGGCAAAUCAUGCCUGGUGCUCUUGGCAUGUGCUCUGGCUUGUUGCUCGUCUCCGAUAGUCUCUCUCGACGACUAUCCUGACUUUGGUAACAUGCCGGAACUCCCGCCAAGCGAAGUAGACAUGGAGCAGGCUGAUUUUUACUUCGAAGCCGCCAUGCAGCGAAUGGGAUUUCUUUCCACGAGCCCGAUAGAUAUCCAAUGCUUUAUCCUAGCGGGCAUGUUUCACCGGUAUACCUCACAUGCACUGGAUGCCUGGUUCUGCUUCCAACAAGCAUCUUGUCGACUGGAUAUCCGACUACGAUCAUUACGUCGGGAAGAAUGGGUAGCUGAUGGAAACUACCACAAUUUGGAAGCACGACUAUAUUGGUCAUGCAUGCAUAACGAACAGUGUGUUGAUCUCUCGAAGUUCCAAGAACCUUAG